GGUCAUUCUCAUGUUCUCCCAACCAGACGUAUAUCUGCAAAACCUAUCCGUACAUCUCAGGAGGCAGGAACGACAACAUGUCCGGUGAGCUGCAUGGCUACCCGGCGUCUCCAGGCCGCCGACCCAGGAGAGCCAGACGUAACACCACCCCUUCCUGUCUGGAGUGGCAUCGUGGACCCUGACACCCCUACAGCUGCUGCACUCUCUCUCUCAGAUUCCUGCCUGCCCCGGAGGGUGCUGGUGUUUGCAUCGCCAUGCUGAAAGCCGCCCUCCACCAUGUUGGAACUGGGCGUCUGUCCUGCGAGCGGACACCCCCAGUCCGAGCGCGCCGGCCCCAGAGCCCCCCCUGCGCAGCACCGUUACUUCCUGCUGCCGCCUGAGUCGGAGGGUUGGCACAAGCACCGCCUGGGCCUGGCCGAGGGCCCCUUCCCGGGCCCCCGGCUGCAGGUCCCGGACUGCCUGGGUGAGGACUGGAGAGGCCCCGGUGAGAUCCUGUCCCCGGCGCCCGAGGGCGACUUCUCUGUCAGCCCAAAUGCCAUCAAGCGGAGACGGGGUGGCCUCAUCGAGCAGCGGGACAUCAUCAAGGCCCACCAGGCACAUAAGAUACAGAACACCCCACAGGCUCGCCGCAAGGAGUGGGAAAUGGCCCGAUUUGGAGACGACGUCCCCGGCUUGCUGGGACCCGGGGAAGGGGGAUCGGAGCGCAACAGGAACCGCGAAGGAGCUGCGGUGUCUACAGGUGGUGUUUCACCGGCGUUUAAGCAAACUAAAGCGCAGAGAGCCCGCACCAUGGCCCUAUACAACCCCAUUCCCGUAAGACAAAACUGUUUCACCGUCAACCGAUCGCUCUUCAUCUUCGGAGAAGACAACGUUGUUCGAAAAUACGCAAAGAAGAUCAUUGAGUGGCCUCCGUUUGAGUACAUGAUCCUGUCCACCAUCAUCGCCAACUGCAUCGUCUUGGCUCUGGAGCAACAUCUGCCUGCUGAUGACAAGACGCCCAUGUCAAAGAAACUGGAGAAAACAGAGCCUUACUUCAUUGGGAUAUUUUGUUUUGAAGCUGGGAUUAAAAUCGUGGCCUUGGGGUUUGUGUUCCACAAAGGCUCAUACCUGAGAAACGGCUGGAACGUCAUGGACUUCAUCGUGGUGCUGAGCGGGAUUCUUGCCGCAGCUGGAGCUCACAUGAACAUCCCUGUUGAUCUGCGGACGCUGAGGGCUGUGCGUGUACUGAGGCCACUCAAACUGGUCUCUGGCAUUCCCAGCCUUCAGAUAGUCCUGAAGUCCAUCAUGAAGGCCAUGGUGCCCUUGCUGCAAAUCGGCCUGCUGCUCUUCUUCGCCAUCCUCAUGUUCGCCAUCAUCGGCCUGGAGUUCUACAGUGGGAAACUGCAUUUCACCUGCGUACUCAAGGAAAAUGUCACCAGAAACGAAACGCUGGAGCUUGAGUUCCCAUGUGGGGAGAGGAAGUGUCCCGAAAGCUAUAACUGCAACGAAUCCUGGAUCGGGCCCAAUGAUGGCAUCACCCAGUUCGACAACAUCUUGUUCUCUGUGUUGACGGUCUUCCAAUGCAUCACCAUGGAGGGGUGGACCAACGUGCUCUACAACACCAAUGAUGCCUUAGGCCCUACAUGGAAUUGGCUUUAUUUUAUCCCUCUAAUAAUAAUUGGAUCCUUUUUUGUGCUGAACCUGGUGUUGGGAGUUCUCUCAGGGGAGUUUGCCAAAGAGAGGGAGAGGGUGGAGAACCGGAGGGCCUUCAUGAAGCUUCGGAGACAGCAGCAGAUCGAGAGGGAGCUGAAUGGGUACCGAGCGUGGAUCGACCGGGCAGAGGAGGUGAUGCUGGCAGAAGAGAAUAAAAACUCCGGGACAUCAGCUCUGGAUGUGCUCAAACGGGCUACCAUCAAGAGAGGCCGUCUAGAUGCUGUCAGACAUGGACCGGGGGAGGACCAAUAUGUUGACAUCUCCUCUGUGGGUGGACCUAUGGCCAGGGCUAGCAUCAGGAGUGUGGGUCGGGGUCCCACCGCCUACGUUCGGCGGAAGGAACGCAUGCUACGCAUCUCUGUCCGCCGCAUGGUCAAGACGCACACCUUCUACUGGACCGUGCUGGGCCUGGUGGCCCUCAACACUCUCUGUGUAGCCAUCGUGCAUCACAACCAACCCCAGUGGCUCUCCAUUCUCCUCUACUAUGCAGAGCUCCUCUUCAUGGGUUUGUUCCUGAUGGAGAUGUUCUUAAAGAUGUACGGUCUUGGACCAAGGCUCUACUUCCACUCAUCCUUCAACUGUUUUGACUGUGGAGUCAUUGUAGGAAGCAUUUUCGAGGUGCUGUGGGGCUUCUUCCGGCCUGGAACAUCGUUUGGGAUCAGUGUUCUGCGGGCUCUACGUUUGCUUAGGAUAUUCAAGAUCACCAAGUACUGGGCAUCCUUGAGGAACCUGGUGGUGUCGUUGAUGAACUCCAUGAAGUCCAUCAUUAGCCUGCUGUUCCUGCUCUUCCUCUUCAUCGUGGUCUUCGCUCUGCUGGGCAUGCAGCUGUUUGGGGGCAGGUUCAUCUUUGAAGAUUAUACCCCAACCCAUUUUGAUACUUUCCCAGCUGCCAUCAUGACAGUGUUUCAGAUACUUACUGGGGAGGACUGGAACGAGGUGAUGUAUAACGGGAUCCGCUCCCAAGGCGGUGUGAAGACAGGAAUGUGGUCCUCUAUAUACUUCAUUGUGCUCACGCUGUUCGGGAACUACACGCUUCUUAACGUCUUCUUGGCCAUCGCUGUAGACAACCUGGCCAACGCUCAGGAACUCACCAAGGAUGAAGAGGAGGAGGAAGAGGCCUUUAAUCAAAAACACGCCCUACAGAAAGCGAAGGAGGUCGGCCCCAUGUCCUCCUUCAUGUCAUCAGACAGCAGGAGGAGGCCCUAUCUGUACAGAAAGAGAGCCAUUCACAGGAGCAGGCCGGCCUACGUUAGGGAGGCUGCAGCGGAGAGCCUGUCGCGAGGCCCCCGGGGCCAGUCCUUCAAUGCCUCUAACUCUUUCAUGUCCAGGAGGGAGAGGAGACGGCGCAUGACCAUGUCCGUGUGGGAACAGAGGACCAGCCAGCUACGGAGGCAUCGGCAGAUGUCAAACCGAGAGGUGCUGUACGGCACCCCCAAAGAGGACCAGGACACGUCCCCGGGCUGCCCCCAUCACAAUAACCCCACGGCCAUGGGCAGCCUGCUCGGCUCUCAGGAGCCUCCCAGGUCCGUGGCGCUGAAGGUGCCCGAGGCCCCCAUGUCCAGCGACGUGCCCUCAACCGUGCACCCAGCUGCUGGAACCAUGCUGCUGCCGGACUCACCCCUGCCUGUGGAAGUCACUCUUCCUGAGCCCUCGGAGUCGGACUUGGGACAGCCGCCAGCGCUGGACGGGAAAGUAGGGAAUCACUGCCAAGUGACGCUGGACGCUCACCGGAGCCCCCGGCUGAAUGGCGAGAGGAGGCAGCGAGUGGCCCGCAAGGUUCGACCCCCCCUAGGGGACACGCUGUCACCAGACUCGUGCAUCCGCCCUAGGAGGCACCGGCACCGGGAGGCGCAAGCUGGCACCGAGAAGCCCUCUCCCCACAGCGAGGAACGGAGUGAUGCAGGCGACACGGAAGAGGAGGAGUGGAAAGCAGGCAGUAAUGGGGGUACCAGGCACCAAGAAAGAGGAGAGUCCGAAAAUGGGUUGAAUAGUCUGGAGUCUCCAGGUUGCCAUGAUUUCCUUGAACUUAAGCCCAACCUGAACAACUCCCCGGGUCACAAUGGCGAGGCAGCUGGGGAUCCGGCUACUGGGCACACGGACCUGCAGAUCCCCAGGGAUACUGCCGGGAAGGAGGGCCAAGCUGGCGCUGAGAACAGCCUGAAUCUGGAGAAGUCACCACUGGGCACGAGCGUGGUGAUCGAGGUGACCGACGUUCAACCAGCCCUGGAGCUAACCCCUAUCGCAGUGAACAAUAAAGAUGUGGAGACUGCCAAAUCUGAGAAGGAGGAUGAGGAGGUCUCCCGCCCACCCAAGUCUGCCCCACCCAACAGCAUGUUCAUCUUUAAACCCGAUAACCCAGUCCGGACAGCAUGUCACUACGUGGUGAACCUGCGCUAUUUUGAGAUGUGCAUCCUGGCGGUGAUCGCGGCCAGCAGCAUCGCCCUGGCUGCCGAGGACCCCGUGCACACCAACUCCGACUGGAACAAGGUCUUGCGUUACUUUGACUAUGUUUUUACUGGGGUCUUCACCUUUGAGAUGAUAAUUAAGAUGAUCGACCAAGGCUUGAUCCUACAUGAAGGUUCCUACUUCCGUGAUUUGUGGAACAUCCUGGACUUCAUUGUGGUGGUGGGGGCUCUGAUUGCUUUUGCUCUAACGAAUAGCAAAGGUCGGGACAUCAAGACUAUAAAGUCUCUUCGCGUCCUGCGUGUCCUUCGGCCUCUAAAGACCAUAAAGCGACUCCCCAAACUGAAGGCAGUGUUUGACUGCGUGGUGAACUCCCUCAAGAACGUCUUCAACAUCCUCAUUGUCUACAAGCUCUUCAUGUUCAUCUUUGCCGUCAUUGCGGUGCAGCUUUUCAAAGGGAAGUUCUUCUAUUGCACAGAUGGGUCUAAGGACACACAGAAAGACUGCCAGGGCUUCUAUAUUGACUAUGAGAAGGAUAAGAAGCAGGUGAAGGAAAGGGAAUGGAAGAGACAUGAUUUCCACUACGACAACAUCAUCUGGGCCCUUCUCACCCUGUUUACCGUGUCAACCGGGGAAGGCUGGCCGCAGGUCCUGCAGCACUCUGUAGACGUGACGGAGGAGGACCGGGGUCCCAGCCGAGGAAAUCGUAUGGAAAUGUCCAUCUUCUAUGUCGUCUAUUUUGUGGUCUUCCCAUUCUUCUUCGUCAACAUCUUCGUGGCCCUCAUUAUAAUCACCUUCCAAGAGCAAGGGGACAAGAUGAUGGAGGAGUGCAGUUUAGAGAAGAAUGAGAGGGCUUGUAUAGACUUUGCCAUUAGUGCCAAGCCACUUACUCGCUACAUGCCCCAGAACAGACAUAGUUUCCAGUACAGACUGUGGCACUUUGUAGUCUCCCCGUCUUUUGAGUACACCGUGCUGACCAUGAUCGCUCUCAACACGGUCGUCCUGAUGAUGAAGUACUAUUUGGCACCCACAAAUUACGAAGCUGCGCUGAAGCACCUCAACACAGCCUUCACCAUGCUCUUCUCCCUGGAGUGCAUCCUGAAGAUUCUGGCCUUUGGCUUUGUGAAUUACUUUCGAGACACAUGGAACAUAUUUGACUUUAUUACCGUACUAGGCAGCAUCACCGAAAUAGUGGUUGAUUGGCUGUCGCUGAAAACGUUCAACAUGAGCUUCCUGAAGCUCUUCCGGGCAGCUCGGCUAAUCAAGCUACUGAGACAGGGCUACACCAUACGCAUCCUGCUGUGGACGUUCGUUCAAUCGUUCAAGGCACUUCCCUACGUCUGCCUGCUCAUUGCCAUGCUGUUCUUUAUAUACGCAAUUAUUGGAAUGCAGGUGUUUGGAAACAUCAAGCUGAGAGACGACCGUACCAUCAACAGGCACAACAAUUUCAAGACCUUCUUCGGUGCACUGAUGCUGUUGUUCAGGAGCGCGACUGGGGAAUCUUGGCAGGAGAUCAUGUUGUCCUGCUUGGGUGGUCAGGAAUGUGAGGCAGACAGCACGAUUCAGCCAAGUCUCAAUGCUUCUGUCACGUCGGAAGCUUCUGACCAGAACACGGGUUGCGGCACAGAAUUCGCCUACUUCUACUUCGUUUCCUUCAUCUUCUUCAGCUCGUUCCUGAUGCUGAAUCUCUUCGUGGCUGUGAUCAUGGACAACUUUGAGUACCUGACCCGUGACUCCUCCAUCCUGGGCCCACAUCACCUGGACGAGUUUGUGCGCAUUUGGGGGGAGUACGACCGUGCAGCAUGUGGGCGCAUUCAUUACACUGACAUGUAUGAGAUGCUGACCAACAUGUCGCCCCCGCUAGGCCUCGGCAAGAAAUGUCCUUCCAAAGUGGCUUAUAAGAGGCUGAUGCUCAUGAACAUGCCAGUGGACGAGGAAUUGUCGGUCCAUUUCACCUCCACGCUGAUGGCUCUCAUCCGGACUGCCUUGAAGAUCAAAAUAGCUAUAGGAGAAGAGGACCGUGGCCAAAUGGAUAUUGAGCUGCAGAAGGAGAUCAAUGUUAUUUGGCCUCAUCUUUCCCAGAAGACCUUGGACCUGCUUGUCCCUCUACAUAAAGCCAGCGACAUGACAGUUGGAAAGAUCUACGCGGCCAUGAUGAUUAUGGACUACUACAAGCAGAGCAAAGCCAAGAAGCUGAGGCAGCAGUUGGAAGAACAGAAACAUGCUCCAAUGUUCCAGCGUAUGGACGCAUCCUCACUUCCUGAAGACAUCCUCACCAGUGCCAAAGCUCUGCCUUUCAUAUCGCACAACGCUGGAUCAGCCCUGACCAGAGGUGGCUUUGUGGCCCUCAGCCCAAUCUCCCCUCAGGAACUGUUUGUGCAGCCCAGGACCCCCGAUGUGGAAGACAAGGAUGACUUCCGCCAUCACCAGCACCACUACUCUCUGGUGCCGGAGUGCAAAGAGAUUAAUCACUUCCUUUGCCCAAAGAUUAGACAGGGUGCUCCUCUUGAAGUACCAGGGAGGGGAGUAUCUAUACGUGCCUCUUCGAUGCCCCGACUUGCAGUAGAACCACAGCAGCUGGGGACAGAGCGUGGUUCCAUGAAGCGCUCCUUUUCCACAGUCGGCGACCAGUGUGCAAAUGGGUUGUGGCAGGAUGAGUACUCGCUGGAACGGGUCAGCCCUGACCGCCUCUACAGGCCACGGCAAAGGAACUACAGGGGAGCCGACCACCAGCAACACGGAGGCAGGGAACGGGGGCGGUCCAAGGAGCGGCGCCACCUGCUGUCCCCAGACACAUCACGCUGCAACUCAGAGGAGAGGAGCCAGCACCAGUCACGGGAGCGCAGCCAAUCACGGUCGCCCAGCGAGGGUCGGGCUUGUGUCCCGCACAGACAGGCGAACAGUUCGGACAACUUGGUUCCCGAUUCAGGAACCCCCCGUAGUAGACGCCAGCUGCCCCAGACGCCCUCGCGGCCACGCCCCCACAUCUCGUACUCCCCUCUGGUGUGUCGUGCUCACCUCUUCAUGCCCUCAGACAACGGGGACAGUCCACGGACCCAUGAUGGUGGGGAGAGCGAGGACCUCUCCUGGCAGAUGAGAGGAGCAGCCUCUGGGGCUUGCCAGGGGGAAGAGGGGAGUCACCUCUCUACGCCGCACCGCUACAUCUCUGAGCCGUACCUGCCGCUGCACGAGGAGUACAACAGCCCGGACUCCAGUGGCCUUGAGGAGACUCUCACUUUCGAAGCUGCAGUGGCGACAAGUUUGGGACGAUCCAACACCAUCAGCUCGGCACCGCCGCUCCGGCACACGUGGCAGGUCCACAAUGGGCAUUUUCAGAAACGCCUGAGUCAGUCCGGAUCUGCUGGCUGCCAGCCGGUCAGCGAUAGUGACGAGGAUGAUCGCUGUUAAGGAUGAGUGAGUGCCGGGGGGAGGCACAGCAACGCAGAGGACAGUGCCAGGACAAAGGAACACCCCCCAAUAAGGAAAGACAGGUUUUCAUGCUUUUUCUUUGUGACAAAGUGCAUGGGUAUGUUUGCCAAAGUUUCAAGAAAUAUUAGAGGAAGAGGGACCUGCUGAAGAUGUAGUUUUUUUUUUACAAUAGAAAUCUCAAACCCUUAAUAAGCGUUAGAAGUAAAACAUAGUGGAAUUCAAAAUGGUCAAGUGAAUGGUAAUUCUGUCAUACUACAGUUUUUUUUCCAAUGUGGUCACUAAGUCAAUUGAAGGUUAUAAGCUAGUAAUCAGUAUUAUUCAGGUGUUAAGAACUGUACCCAAUGAAUGUUGACAUAGCAGGAUUUUACUCAUCCUAAAUAGCAUGAAUGAGGGAUUCCCCUCCAUCUCAGAGUGGAACGCUGUUGUGAGAGCAAUGUUACAAUGGCUCUUGUGGAACUGUGCUAUGGAAGCAGCCAUACUUGCACCAAAAUAGAUUUUAGGAGGUUUUAGAAGGUUUACAGCUUCAGAAACCAAACCUAGGAUUGCCUUGCCCUCUAUCUCCUAAGAGGAGUUUCACACUGAUCACAAAUAUUUUUCAAAUAUCUAAGUUCCAAGUCACCUGAUCCCAGGUCUGUUUUUUUUAAUCUACCCUUCAGAAAGAUGCAACGAUUGAAUAGCUUCUGCUAAGAUCAAGCCACAAAUGAACACAACCUGUCAAGACACACCAAGUUCUCUUGAAAAGAACAGCUUACUAUGAACUCAUGCUAGAAAAGUUUGGUGAUGGCCAUCGUGAAAGGUUUAGCAUAAAUACAAUGCAAGACCAGGUCUGCCCACUUGCCCACCGCUGAAGGCUGGAUAACAGAGGCUUUGUGGAGUACAGGCAUGGUAGAGAGAGAUGCUGGUCCUCUGUAUAAUAUGUAAAGACCCGAACUUGUGUGUUCAUCUUCUGGAUACAUAUAAUAGACUUUAAAAAGCCAUGUUCUUUUGUAUAUACAAUAAAAUGUUCCAGGAACAUGUUUGUGCAACAACAAUUCCAAAUAUCUAUCCAUGUAAUGAGAAGAAAUUUUAAAGUGUCUUUAUUUAACGAGAUUCUCUCUUUAUUUAUUUAGAAGUUUUUUACGUUAUGUGACAAGGAAUAUUACAUGCAGUCACAACAGUCGUGUCACUGUAACCCUAAAUAUAAGUGACCCAACAAACUGCUGCAAAGAACAUCUGUUAGGGUGGGUGAUGUUCUUGAGUCUACAAGCUGCCUUCACAAGAGCUGUCCUGAAGCACCCCAACUUGUAAAAGUACCACAGAGUGUGGAACAGACUCAGAGACAUUUUCCUGUUUCCAUUUCCUGCUCUUCUUUUCAUUGCAGUGCCAGAGGUCAAAAGGAAGUAGCCUGUCGUAGCUUUUCAAAACGUUCAGUUAUUAGCAAUCCUUCAGUUUUUACUUAACGCAUUUAAGUUCAGUUAUCUCAGUUAUUGCAGCCAUACAUUUGGAUGGCUAAAUCAAUGUAAAGUCUGUUUUCCUCAAAGGAUCUGAGAUACAUUAUUCCCAAUACUAAGUGAACUGUUACCAUAUCUUUACAGACCACCUACAUAACACAUUUAUCUUUCCAAACAGCUCUGAACGAUGUAUGACAUCACUGUACAAUUAGUGGGUUUCUUCACAUGAAAAUUCUGACUGCAUUUUAUUUCUAAAUGCAGUUUCACAUUUCAAUGUUUGGGUCACUGGUUUGGGAUGACAGCAGGCGAGAGGAGAUCCCCCAUAAAGUAAUGUACUGUAAGGCUUCCGCAGAUAUAAUUUAUUCAAUGUAACUUACAAAUGUCUGAGAUUUAGGUUGUGGCCCUCAAAAUAAGCUCCUCCCUCAAAAUAUUUUGUAGCUUGAAUAAUUUAAUGUUUGUUAACACAUAUAUGCUAUUUAUGGUUUUAAUAUGCUAAAUUAUGACUCCAAACUAUUUUUAAAUGCUCCUGUUUUGUCUAUCAGUAAUGUCCAUAGUACUAUAUGGAUAUGGUGAUAGAAUUGGCCCCUAAGUCCUGGUGACCAUGAAAAUAUUUUCAACAUGUAAGGGGUUACCCAGGCAAUGGUAUCAUCUGAAAGUCAAUUAAAUGAACAAAGAGCUUACUUAAUAUGCUCAGUCUUUACCUGCUUCUCCACCCGAAAGCCUUCCUGACGUACGUUAUGAUGUCACCAACCUCUUUGUGGACAGUGUCAACACAGUCAGCUACAGUAGUAUUCUUUUCUACGGGGACAUCUGUCACAUGGAGAGAAAAUGAAAACCAAAUUUAGGUGCUGAAAUCUGUUCAGACGUUUAUUUUUUAACAUUAAUUGAAUAUAUUUUGUAUAUGAGUUAUAUUUGAAAUGUUUAAUGGAAAGACAUUUCGUUGACUCAGUAUCCAAGAACAUACAAAAGAAACAAAGAAAUGAUUAUAUGGUAUUGAGUUUUUAAAAGAAAAGCCAACAUUUUGUCACUUGAAUAUACAUUAUAUCCCAAAAAGCAAAUAUAUAUUAAGUAAUGUGGCGUACUUUGUUUUUGUGGAUGUUUCUAAAAUGUUUGAAUUAGAAGUAUUUGGUAAAUGUUUUAUAUGAGGUCACAGUUUUGUGAACGGUUUUAUGUUGCACCUGACUCUGGUUUGAAUAAGUUUACCCGUAUCAAUCAUUUCACUGUUUAUAUUCCAAAAUAGAUGCCUGUCUAUAUCUUUGACAAAAAUAAAUGACACUUUGUUUUGUGAAGGAAA